AUGACGCAAUAUCCCAAACGCAUCUCCUCACUUCCUUACACGGAUUCUCCGAAUCCUCUCCAGACUCUCGACAUCUGGCUUCCCCGCCCGCUCGAGCAGUCUGAUCCGACGUCCUCGACAUGGAUCGUCUACAUCCACGGCGGCGCCUGGCGCGACCCAACCCAAGACUCUCGCUGCAUUGAGCCCACGCUCUCGUGCCUCCUCAAGUCGCACUCCACCACCCUCGCCAAGAUCGCAGGCAUAGCCUCCCUCAACUACCGCCUCUCGCCAUACCCCUCACACCCCACGGCCCCAAGCGCGCCCUCCGACGCAUCCCGCAACGCAGCGCACCCGGACCACGUGCGCGACGUUGCCCGCGCGCUGCGAUGGCUCGCAGACGAAUACGGCAUGAAGGCCUGGGUCGGCGCAGGCCACAGCUGCGGCGCAACACUGCUGCUGCAAUACGCAGCCGGCAUUGGUCUCUCGGAUGACGACAAGGCGCACACGCUCGGCGGGCCAGACGGACUCGUGCUGCUGUGCGGCAUAUACAACGUGCCGCUGCUGCUGCAGAACCACAAUCCGCCCGCGUGCCCCGAGCACAUCUCGAGAAUCUACCACGAGUUUGUUGGUGCGGCGUUCGGCCACGACGCCGCCGUGUACCGCUCUGUGUCGCCUGUUGCGGGGCGCUAUGGCACGCAGCAGUGGCCGAACGGGAAGCUGAUGGUGCUGGCGCAUAGCUAUGAGGACGAGCUGAUUGAGCGGCAGCAGCGGGAUGUCAUGUGCGUCGCGCUCGAUCGAGAGGGGUGGAGCAUCGUUAUGGAAGUGGGCGAUGGGGAGGCUGAAGUUGGGGAGGGGAGCAGGGUGCUGGAGGUCAGGGACUUGAAGGGCGGGCACGAUUGGAUCUGGGAGGAUGGAGAGCAGGUCGCGAUGUUGUUGGCAGACGUUGUGGAAAGGCUGGUGAAAUAA